GAAUGAUACGAUGUUUGCUGCUCGUUGCUGCUUUUGUAGUUUUCGCAGGUGAAACUACCAAGCGAUUAGGUUCAGCUACGAGCAGUUCCAGAGUCAAUAGUCGAGCCCACUGCUCCCGAAUAGACUGCCAAACGGAUGCCUCCUGCCUUUUAUGUAAAUUUCCUUUGGAUUGCGAGCUUGAUGAGCUCGUUAACGUCAACUGUACAUCAGUCAAAGAAUGUGGUCCGAACCAGAUUAGCGUUAACAGAGAUGCUUUUUGCAGAUACUGCUGGCAGUCUGAUCCGUCAGACUACGACUGCUUGCCCCAGUCCAAUUGUUCAACCACUAGUACGCAGCUCGUAUUGACAGAAUGCACGGUGCAUCCAAAUGUGAUAUGCAAAGGUCGACGAACAUUUAACAAGAGAAUAAGGUGUAGCUGGUCAUCAGGUAUCAGCUGGGCAAAAGCGAUGUUUUUGUCGGUAACGCUGGGUGGGUUUGGCGCAGAUCGUUUCUAUCUUGGCCUUUGGAAGUCAGCAAUUGGAAAACUCUUCAGUUUUGGAGGUCUUGGAGUGUGGACAGUAGUAGAUGUUGUACUCAUAGCCACAGGUUAUAUACGUCCCGCAGAUGGUUCUAUGUACAUGUAGUUCAAACUUGUCUUACGUGGGGUUUUGCAUACGGGUUAUAAUCGUCUUUGCCAUUUGUUUCUUGAACUGUUUGCAAGUUGUUAUUUCUUUUAUCGAUAAAGAUUUUUUGAUUUUAC